AACAUUUUUCUCCUCUAUUUCUUCUCUAUUUCUAUUUUUACCUUGGAUUAUUGUCUUCGGUGACAUUCACGGAACCACACAUCCACAGAAAAAACAAGGGAAGAAAUCUCGCAUUCCCUGCCACACGCCAACCAUGGCCGGAACGAAAAAGCGCGCGAACGCCGACGACGACUUCGUGCUCACAUUGUCGGAUGACGAGAACGAUACGUUAAAUCAGUUUGAAGAGGAGGGUGAGGGCGACGAUGGUGCGCUAGCCUCUGGGUCGAAAACGAAGAAGCGCAAGAGAGAUGAUGCUGCGGCGGCGCAGCAGGAGAAGGGGAAGAAUAAGAAGGUGAAGAAGCAGGAACAACAGCAGCAGCAAAAACAGCAGAAGAAGCAAGGGAAGAAGGGGAAGAAUGUACCUGUUGAGGAGGAGGAAGUGGAUGAAGAGGAAGAAGAGGAGGAAGAAGAGAAUCAGGGUGAAGAUGACGGCGCGCUUAAUUCGGAUUUUGAGUUUGAUGUCGGCGGAGCUGCGACUGAGGUUAGGGAUUUCGAUGGUUGGGAGAUUAAUGGUAAUGAGGAUGGUAAGGGUGGGGAUAAGAAGGCUGUCGACAUUGAUGAUAUUAUCUCGAGGAGGCAGGCGAAGAAGGAGGCUGAGUUGAUUCGCAAGCAGAAGAAGAAGCAGAAGGAGGCGGAGGAGUUUAGUGAAUUGGAGGAUGAUGGUGAUGAUGAGGAGGAUGGAGGUAUGGAGGUCGACUUUGAGGAUGAUGAGCUGCUUGCGGAGGAUGGGUUCGGUAUGGGUGUUGAUGGUGAGGCGGAGGAGAGCGACAAGUCCGAUGCGGAGGACGAGGAGAAGGAACAAGGGUCUGAUGAGGAGGCCGAGGGCAGUGAUGACGACGAGGACAUGGACGAGGAUGAUGAUGCUGCUUCGGAUAACGACUCGGUUGCCACCCCUGUUCAGCACCCUGAUGAUGUUGCCUCUGACCGGGACUCGGACGACGAGAGUCAGGUCGACGCCGAGGAGGAGGAGAAGCGCAAGGCUUUCUUCGCCCCUGAGGAGGAGAAGACUUCGGAGUCUGCUAUGGCAGAUGCGAAGCGCUCGUUCCAGGAAUUCAACCUCUCUCGUCCCAUUCUUCGUGGUCUCGCCGGCGUCAACUUCUCGAACCCUACACCCAUCCAGCGCAAGACGAUCCCUGUGGCUCUCCUGGGUAAGGAUAUUGUCGGUAGUGCCGUUACUGGUUCCGGAAAGACUGCCGCCUUCGUUGUCCCUAUUCUCGAACGUCUGCUGUUCCGCCCACGCAAGGUCCCGACGAGUCGCGUUGCCAUCCUGAUGCCCACCCGUGAAUUGGCGGUGCAGUGCUACAAUGUCGCUACGAAGCUGGCGACGUACACGGACAUCACCUUCUGUCAGCUGGUCGGUGGUUUCAGUCUUCGCGAGCAGGAGAACAUCCUGAAGAAGCGUCCCGACGUGAUCAUCGCCACCCCCGGUCGUUUCAUUGAUCACAUGCGCAACUCGGCCAGUUUCACUGUUGAUACUCUGGAAAUUCUGGUUCUGGAUGAAGCCGAUCGCAUGCUCGAGGACGGUUUCGCCGACGAGUUGAACGAGAUUCUCACUACCAUCCCCAAGUCGCGCCAGACCAUGCUUUUCUCUGCUACGAUGACGGACACCGUCGACAAGCUUAUCCGCGUCGGUCUCAACCGCCCUGUGCGCCUGAUGGUCGACGCCAAGAAGAACACCGCCGUGACACUGGUGCAGGAGUUCGUGCGUCUGCGUCCUGGACGUGAGGACAAGCGACUGGGCUACCUUCUUUACCUCUGCAAGGAGAUCUACACUGGUCGGGUGAUUGUCUUCUUCCGACAGAAGAAGGAGGCGCACCGGGUGCGGAUUAUCUUCGGACUGCUGGGCUUGAAGGCUGCCGAACUCCACGGUAGCAUGAGCCAAGAACAGCGUAUUAAGAGUGUCGAGAACUUCCGUGAGGGCAAGGCGGCGUUCCUCCUGGCUACCGAUCUGGCAUCUCGUGGUCUGGAUAUCAAGGGUGUGGAGACAGUCAUCAACUACGAGGCGCCGCAGAGCCACGAGAUCUACCUGCAUCGUGUUGGUCGUACAGCGCGUGCGGGCCGCUCCGGUCGGGCAUGCACCAUUGCCGCCGAGCCUGACCGUAAGGUGGUCAAGGCGGCGGUGAAGGCGGGCAAGUCGCAAGGAGCCAAGAUCGCCAGUCGGGUGAUUGAACCGGCGGUGGCGGAUUCCUGGGCGGCCAAGGCGGAGGAGUUGGCGGAGGAGGUGGAGGAGGUGUUGUCGGAGGAGAAGCUCGAGAAGCAGCUGGCGCAGGCGGAGAUGCAAGUGACCAAGGGAGAAAACUUGAUCAAGCACGAGGCGGAGAUCAAGUCGCGGCCGAAGCGUACGUGGUUCGAGACGGAGCGCGACAAGAAGGCGGCGCGGAAGCUGGGCGCGGCGGAGCUCAACGGGCCCGAUGCCGGCCUGUCCAAGAAGGAGAAGCAGAAGCUCAGUAACAAGGACAAGAAGCGUCUGGACGACUCCCGCCAGCGCCAGGAAGCUGGUUCUGGCUGGAAGAAGGGUCGGGCCACACGGGAGAGCAUGAAGAAUGGGCAAUUGCCUAAGGCUAAGAAGGACAACAAGAAGAAGGGCAAGAAAUGAGGCGGACGGUGACGGGUCUGGACUCAAGGGUCCUAAAAUAAAAUUACUAUUCGCAUUAGCAUAUUGUGGAUAUACUGUAUAGAUAUUUUCCAAAUUUUCUGCUUAGACUAUUUACGAUCUUCUACA